UGGGGGUGGCGGGAUAGGCUGGGCGCGGCCGGCGGUGCGGGCGGGCGCGGGUUGCGGGCCGGCUGCUGUUGUCCAGGUCUCUGCGCCCCCCGAGGGCCCUCCGUCCCGCCGGCGCCAUGGGCAAUUGCCACACGGUGGGGCCCAACGAGGCGCUGGUGGUUUCAGGGGGCUGUUGCGGUUCUGACUAUAAACAGUAUGUGUUUGGCGGCUGGGCCUGGGCCUGGUGGUGUAUCUCCGACACUCAGAGACUGUCUCUGGAGGUUAUGACCAUCCUGUGUCGCUGUGAGAAUAUUGAGACGUCGGAGGGGGUCCCGCUAUUCGUAACAGGGGUUGCACAGGUGAAGAUCAUGACCGAGAAGGAGCUCCUGGCCGUGGCCUGCGAGCAGUUCCUGGGCAAGAGUGUGCAGGACAUCAAGAACGUCGUCCUGCAGACCCUGGAGGGGCACCUGCGCUCCAUCCUCGGGACCCUGACAGUGGAGCAGAUCUAUCAGGAUCGGGACCAGUUUGCCAAGCUGGUGCGGGAGGUGGCAGCCCCCGACGUCGGCCGCAUGGGCAUCGAGAUCCUCAGCUUCACCAUCAAGGACGUGUAUGACAAAGUGGACUAUCUGAGCUCCCUGGGCAAGACGCAGACUGCUGUGGUACAGAGAGAUGCCGACAUCGGAGUGGCCGAGGCUGAGAGGGAUGCAGGCAUCCGGGAAGCCGAGUGCAAGAAGGAGAUGCUGGACGUGAAGUUCAUGGCAGACACCAAGAUCGCCGACUCCAAGCGAGCCUUCGAGCUGCAAAAGUCAGCCUUCAGCGAGGAGGUCAACAUCAAGACGGCUGAGGCCCAGCUAGCUUACGAGCUACAAGGGGCCCGUGAGCAGCAGAAGAUCCGGCAGGAAGAGAUUGAGAUUGAGGUCGUGCAGCGCAAGAAGCAGAUUGCAGUGGAGGCGCAGGAGAUCCUGCGCACAGACAAGGAGCUCAUAGCCACAGUGCGCUGCCCCGCCGAGGCCGAGGCCCACCGCAUACAGCAGAUCGCCGAGGGCGAGAAGGUGAAGCAGGUCCUCUUGGCACAGGCAGAGGCUGAGAAGAUCCGCAGAAUCGGGGAGGCGGAGGCAGCAGUCAUCGAGGCGAUGGGCAAGGCAGAGGCUGAGCGGAUGAAACUCAAGGCUGAGGCCUACCAGAAAUACGGGGACGCAGCCAAGAUGGCCUUGGUGCUGGAGGCCCUGCCCCGGAUUGCUGCCAAAAUCUCCGCCCCCCUGACCAAAGUCGAUGAGAUUGUGGUCCUCAGUGGGGACAACAGCAAGGUGACCUCAGAGGUGAACCGACUGCUGGCCGAGCUGCCUGCCUCUGUGCACGCCCUCACGGGCGUGGACCUGUCUAAGAUACCGCUGAUCAAGAAGGCCACCGGUGCACAGGUGUGAGGUCCCGAAGGCUCACACCAUUCAGCAGCCACCGCCCCCUCUUCAGCACCCGUUUUAGUACCACAGGGACAACGGGAACGUUACUGACUCUGGUGCCUUAUUUUGUAGGGACCAGGAGUGCUGCGUGUUCAGGCCUCUGGCUGUCUUCCCUUCUCCCCUGUCUCUGUCUGUCUACAUCCUCUUCUCCUCUACCCCACACCCUCAUUUUCACUGCCACAUUUGUCUGGUUUGUCUCUUCCGCCCUUAUCUUCCUGUACGUUUCUUCCUUUGUCUGUUUGUCUUUUUCUCUCCCCUCUCCUCCCAUCCUCUACACACAUCAUGUAGUUUAGGCUGAAGAUGUUGAGUAUAGUCAUUGUCUGUCUGUUGGGGGGUGGCCCUGCUGCUCCUCAGAAUCCUGGUGCCUUGAAGUUUUCUGUGCAUCUGUCCAUCCCCCCUGCGGCCCCAGCCAGAGCUUCAGCAUGGGUGCAGGGAUUCUGGGUAGGACGGCCACCCUGCCCUCUCCUGGCCUGGUCCCUGCCCCCAGGAAGCCCCCAGCCUCGCACACUCUGGCCCUUCUCGGCCCAGGUUAUCUGUGGCUGCAGGCCCAGGGCCAGCACCAUUCACUAACCCCGUGCCCAGCCCCAGGCCUGCUCUCAUACCUUACCUCUUUCUCCCCCGCCCAGGGGCACGGAGGGAAGGCCUCCUGUGUAGGGCAGCUCCCUCAGUUUACUACUGCCUUAGGAGGCCCCUGCUUGUGCUCAGGGAAGUCCCCUUCAUGGACAUGUCCCUACUAGGUGGAGCGGGGCUUGGUCCCAACUCUGCUAAGCCCUUCUGGGGUCAGGAUCUAGCCCUUCUGGAGACCGGAAAGUGUAGAGACCCUCUUCCUACCAGGGCUGUACUGUCCUGGGUGUCGGGCUGGGCCCUUCCAGUGGGCAAAGCUAUGGUACCCUAUACAG